AUAAAUGAGGGCACAUAUAGCAUUUCAAUUACCAACAAAGCCGAGUAAGCCACAAAGGAGUUUUGAAGUUCAUGGCUACCCAUUCUUCUUUGGUUGCACCACUCGCCAAGAGGCUUGGAGGCAAAGUAGCCGUGAUAACUGGUGGUGCGAGCGGAAUCGGUGAAUGCACGGCGAGGUUAUUCCUUAAGCAUGGCGCAAAAGUGAUCAUCGCCGACAUCCAGGACAAUUUAGGCCAAUCAAUCUGCGACGAAAUAGGCGACACAGACGCCUUGAGCUACGUCCACUGCGACGUGAAGCUCGAAAAGGACGUCGAGAACGCGGUGAACGCCGCCGUCUCCAAGCACGGCAAGCUCGACAUCAUGUUCAGCAACGCCGGCGUCGGGGGAAAGCAAGACACGCGCAUCCAAGACUCUGACUACGACAACUUCCGCCGCGUCUUCGACGUCAACGUCUACGGCGCGUUCGCGUGCGCCAAGCACGCCGCCCGAGUGAUGACCCCGGCCAAGAGGGGCAGCGUCAUAUUCACGGCCAGCGCCGCCACGGUCACGAGCGGAGACUUGCCGUACGCGUACUUGGCGUCGAAGCAUGCGGUGGCGGGCAUGGCGAGGAACUUGGGGGUGGAGAUGGGGAAGUAUGGGAUCAGAGUGAACUGCAUUUCUCCGUUCAUGGUGGCGACGCCGUUGCUUAUGAGUGGGCUUGGAAUGGAGGAUAAGGGAAAGGCGGAAGAGUUGGCGUGUGAAUUAGGCAACUUGAAAGGGGUGGUGAUGGAGGCUAAGGACGUGGCGGAGGCGGCGGUGUUUCUCGGCAGUGAUGAAUCAAAAUACAUAAGUGGGAUUAAUGUUGUGAUUGAUGGUGGAUAUAGCACUACUAAUGUUGCUCCUAGAGAAACCUUUAAGAAACUAUUUUCUUGAGGAUUAUAUACUU